CGUGUUUCGACUACAGCAUUUACUUUAGUUCCUUAAAGACAUGGAAACACCCGACAAUAGGUUGUAUAUGUGCACCAUGUGCUUUCGAAAGUGCUUUUGGAACGAUCUGUCGAGGAAGGAGCUCCGCUGCACUCAGUGCAGUCUGCCUCCAAGGAUCUGUGCCAUUUGCAAUAAGAGAUUCGAGCCGAGGGAGAUGUCGCAUGUCUACUGCAAUCGAUGCCAUUUCUAUAUCCUCAAACAUGCCGCAGUCAAGCCCCCUUCCUUGAAGGAAAGUCCCGAGGGAGCGUUGGAUGCUGGAAAAUAUAGAGAAGAAUCCUCGUUUACGGAACGCUGGAAGGAGAUUAGAGACGCCGCUGGAAUCGUGGACGACGGAUUCAGCGACUGAGUCACCAUGCACUUUGUUUUGAUCAGUGUAAAAUGGAUAUGAAAUGCU